CUCAAAGUCUAGUCAAAUUUUCAGUCAGAGACAGAUUCAAUCCAACGUUCCUUUUCACGUCAAAAUGGCAGCGGCCACGAAGCGCAAGCGUCUCGGCGUGAGUAAAAACCGCAAGAAAGCGUGGAAAAAAACAUGCGACGUCAACGAUGUCGAAGACUUUUUGGAAGAACACGCACCACGACGAGCGGAUCGGUGGCCCAUUUCCAGUAAGCCGGACGAAGAGUUGUUCUUCGUUGGACAAGCUGCCGCGACUGCUAAGAGCUCGGCUCCGCUAGCGCAACGAGCAAGAAGCUGCGCCGCAACCGCAACGUCGCGCCGAAAGGCUAAAGUCGUCACGAGCCGGUUCGAAUUGACGGGGGCUUCGCGACCCUCUGGGGCGGUUGACGACGAAGACAAUGGAGAACCAUCGUCGACGCCGGCUGCGACUGGCCCCGUGAACUAUCGCGUGCCGUCGCACCGACAUCAGAAGCCGUCGCUGCUGCCCGCGUGGGAGCCGCCCAACCAGGGGACGUCGUACCACCCGAGGAACGGCGCCUGGACCGCUGCCUGGCGAUGCCAACAAGCGGGACUGGCCACCGAGCAGGAUCGACUCGCCGAGAUGUCUCAGGGACUUUACGACCAGGAGGAAGAGGACGACGACGACCUGGACAGUGAACAGAAAGCCGUGGACGGUGAAGCUAAAACCGACGUCGCUUUGCCAGCGCCGACCGCCGUUCGCAAGACCCGGCAGCAGGAGACGUCGCGCCGCGGAGCAGAGAGGUUACGUCGAGAGGCUAAAGAGCGCAAGCAGGCGCGAGUGUUGGCAAACGACGUGUACCGCAGCCGGACGCUGAAGGCGCAGCUCCGACGCGACGCCGAGUCGUCCGAGGCGCGUCAGAAGCGCCGCCAACAGGCGAGGGUCGACAAGCUGUACAACGCGCGGCGACUGAGCGCUUACAAGUACGAGGAACCGGACUUGCCGCUGAAGCUCCAGCGAUUGCGCGAGUCGUUGCGCGAACUUCGGCCCGAGGUGAACGUGCUCGAGGGAUACAAGAGCCUGCAGCGCCGAAACGUCAUCGAGACGCGCAAGCAGCAGAAGAAGGUGUUCCGCGAGAAUGGCAGUGGCCUGAACUUCACGGUUGAGAUGAUGAAGGAAGGUGCCCUCCAGUUCCCAAACCUGCAAAAUCCUGUCAGGAUAGAUUGA